GAAAGAUCCCAGAUCAAUCUAUGAAACUGAAAAGGCUACAGAUAGAAGAAUCUUCUAAACCUGUAAGACUAUCACAGCAAUUGGACAAAGCUGUAACAACCAAUUAUAAACCUGUGGCUAAUCAUCAAUAUAAUAUUGAGUAUGAAAAAAAGAAAAAAGAAGAUGGAAAACGAGCUCGGGCUGAUAAGCAGCAAGUGUUGGACAUGCUUUUUUCUGCCUUUGAAAAACACCAGUAUUACAACAUUAAGGACUUGGUGGACAUAACCAAACAGCCUGUGAUAUACUUGAAAGAAAUUUUAAGAGAAAUAGGGAUCUACAAUGUUAAGGGGACCCACAAAAACACAUGGGAGCUGAAGCCAGAAUACAGACAUUAUCAAGGAGAAGAGAAGAGUGAUUAGUGCAACUGUUAAUGAAGCAAACACAGAGGCUAUAGAAUAAUGGGACUGUGCUGAGGGAACACUGCAGUUAAACAGACUGUACUGAGCACAAUUCAGUACCAAGAGAUCUUAAAAAGAGUAAUACUUUGUAAUUUGCCUGGCUUCAUUUUUAAAAACAAAUUUCUUGGACAUUUCUAUACAUUUGUCUUGUUUUUGACAAAAAAAAUUACAGAAUAAACUUGUAUUAGAUUUAUCUUUAUUAGAAACCUUUUGAGUUUUGGCUUUAUUUUUUAAAUAGUUUUGAGUUUUGUUAAAUAUUGAUAACUUUAAAGUAAAACAUACUUUAGAGGGACCUGUAACUUUGUGUUUUGCAUCCCAGCAGUUCUGAGUUUAUGUCCUAUUCUACUGUAUUCCUUAGGGGCCUAAUCCUGAGAGGUGCCGAUCAUCCAUAGUUAAUACUGAUUGGGAGUUUAAGGGCACUGUGUGCUUUUCAGGAUCAGUCUUCAGUCAUGACACUCAUGGUGAUCCUAAGUCUUCCUGAGAACAAAUAAAGCUCAGUUUACAAAAAGCUCUCUGCUAAACUGGUUAAUGGGGGAGAAGGGAAACCACUACAGCACAUCACUGAGGAAAAACUACUCUGGCCCCAUAAGUACAGUGAGGAACGAAUAGAUCUUUAGUAUGUUUGUUUUUUUAAAUGUGAUCAUGUUUUGUGUGUAAGCAUAUCAAUAAAGAGAGCAUUUAAUUUGUAGCAAAUAAAA